AUGUCACUGACUGGCGAUGUCUGCAUCUCCAUCCUGCACCCACCCGUGGACGACCCGCAGAGUGGGGAGCUGCCCUCGGAGCGCUGGAACCCCACCCAGAACGUGCGGACCAUCCUCCUGAGCGUCAUCUCGCUGCUGAACGAACCCAACACGUUUUCUCCAGCCAACGUGGACGCCUCGGUGAUGUACCGCAAGUGGAAGGAGAGCAAAGGGAAGGACCGGGAGUACACGGACAUCAUCAGGAAGCAAGUCUUGGGCACGAAGGUGGAUGCGGAGCGGGAUGGUGUGAAGGUCCCCACCACACUGGCCGAGUACUGCGUGAAGACCAAGACCCCAGCCCCAGAUGAGGGCUCCGACCUCUUCUAUGAUGACUAUUAUGAGGAUGAUGAGAUGGAGGAGGAAGCAGACAGCUGCUAUGGUGAUGAGGAUGACUCUGGCAAUGAGGAAUCUUGA